UUCAGCUCAGUUUAUAUAAACCUCCACCUGAGAGCCAUCCAGUCACAGGCCGCUGUUCUCUGUGAGCGCGCGCGUUACAUACACACUCGCUUCAUUGGACAAAUACAAGCUGAGCGCAACAGUAGCCUCCCUCCCUGACUGGAGAUCUGAGAGAGCAGCCGUCGCGUGUGAGAGCAUCGCAGCGUCCAACUGAGGCGACACACACAUGUUCGACCGAUUUAUUUCUCUAGUGCGCUGUCUGUCAAGGGCUCGUAAUGUGUGUAAAGCUGACGGUUCAGUCACAAGCCAGGAAUGAAGACGCGUCAGACGCAUCUCCUCGCUGACUGGGCAUCGCGUUUCGAAGACGAACCUGAGCUUCGGCCGCUUGGACAGCAACCGAAUAUAUCCGAGACAGCCGCUGCCGUAGCUCUUAAUACCUGUGGGACACUGUUUUGCUGCUAAUUCCGUUUAUAGACACACAUUUGUAUUACGCUGUACUGACAGACGCGUUUCUCAGUGUGUCAGUCUAGUGCGCUUGAUGCUUUGCAUGCAAACCGUGAGUGAACUUACCAGGUAAACACAGUUUUACCUCGUUCUUGUAUCGAAUGCUGUUUACUUUUGCAUUAUGUAGCUCCUGGCGCAUUUGGAACAGGCGUUUUUACGAGCGAAAAUGAAGGUAAUCUAAACGUUGUCUUGAACUAAUAAUGGUAGAUGAGGCUUGUGGAGAUAACAUCACGGGCUGGAUGGCGUUCCACAUCCGCGCGCUGUCGUCUCCAAACCGGGUAAAGUGAACGGCACACCGGGAAGCAAGGCUUCAAAACCUGCCCACGUCAAACUGCACUGAAACUUAAAGGCUAAACGAUGUCUAAAACGCUGAAGAGGAAGAAACACUGGUCCACUAAAGUGCAGGAGUGCGCCGUGUCGUGGGGAAGCGUUGGGGAGUUCGGUGAUGUUGUGGAGAUCCUCGGAGGCGCCGAGCUCGGGGAGUUCCCGUUCCUCGGACAGAUGAACUUAGACGUGCUGGUGUGUCACGUCGGGAGACUACCGUACUACGGGGAUGUGUUAUUGGAAGUGAACGGGACACCUGUCAGCGGGCUGACGAACCGAGACACACACGCGGUGAUCCGCCACUUUCGGGAGCCGAUUCGAAUUAAGACCGUCAAACCAGGUAAAGUGCUGAAUGCUGAUUUGAGGCAUUAUCUUAGUCUGCAGUUCCAAAAAGGAUCAAUCGACCACAAACUGCAGCAAGUGAUUCGAGACAACCUGUACCUGCGCACUAUUCCAUGUACCACCCGGCUGCCCAGAGAUGGGGAGGUUCCAGGAGUGGACUAUAAUUUCAUCAGUGUGGGGGAUUUUCGCAUCCUUGAAGAGAGUGGAUUACUGCUGGAGAGCGGAACAUAUGAUGGUAACUUUUAUGGGACUCCAAAACCUCCUGCGGAGCCCAACUUGGUUCAGCCUGACCUGGUCGACCAGGUUUUGUUUGAGGAGGAUUAUGGCACCGAAGUCCAACGAAAGCGAACAACCUCUGUCAGCAAGAUGGACCGCAAGGACAGUGUGGUCCCUGAGGAAGAAGAGGAUGAGGAGCGGCCACAGCUCCCAAAUGGCAUCCCAGAGAGGACAGAGGAGUGGAGGAAAGCUGUGCCCAGCUACACUCAGUCCAGUGGUGGAGGCAGCGCAGGUGGCAGUGGGACACUGGAAGUCCGCACCUGGAGCUCUUUAGCCAGAGACGAAAGCCUGGAGCCGCUGCCGUACAACUGGGAAAUGGCCUACACGGAGACGGGCAUGGUCUACUUCAUAGACCACAACACAAAAUCGACUACGUGGUUGGACCCUCGUCUGGUCAAAAAAGCCAAGCCCCCUGAAAAGUGUGAGGAUGGAGAACUUCCAUAUGGUUGGGAGGAGAUUGAUGACCCGCAGUACGGCACAUACUACGUUGAUCACAUAAACCAGAGAACCCAGUUUGAAAAUCCGGUUUUAGAGGCCAAGAGGAAACUCGGUUUGGACACUGCAGUCGCAACUCAGAACCAACAGAGGGCAGCACCUCCUCCAGGUGGAGCGGCUGGUACGCCCGGGUUCACGCGGGACCCAACCCAGCUGAAGGGGGAGCUGUAUCACACGGCUCUCAGGAAGAGCCAUCAGGGCUUUGGUUUCACCAUCAUUGGUGGAGACCGACCUGAUGAGUUCCUGCAGGUGAAGAACGUUCUUGCUGAUGGCCCGGCCGCCCAGGACAACAAGAUGGCCUCUGGGGAUGUAAUUGUGGAAAUCAACAGCACACUUGUCUUAGGCAAGACCCACGCCGACGUGGUCCACAUGUUCCAGUGCAUCCCAAUUAAUCAGUACGUUGACAUGGUCCUCUGUCGUGGAUACUCGCUUCCCCCCGACGUGGACGUGGACAGCGAGGACCUUCCCCCUCCACCUCCACCUCCGACAGGAGAGAUCGUAACCGCCGUACCCCUCAUCAAUGGCCAGCCGCUGCUGGUCAAAGGUGAUGCCCUUCACGGAUCCUCCCAAGAGCUUCACUACGUAACCACAGACGCCAGUGGGCGGCCGGUGGUCGCUGCUCUUCCUGGAGGCAGCAGCAGCAGCGGUGCCGAGACAGGGAUGCUGCAGCCGGAGCUGGUGAGCGUGCCAAUCGUGAAGGGACCUGGAGGAUUUGGCUUUGCCAUUGCAGACUGUCCUCUGGGGCAGAAGGUGAAAAUGAUCCUGGAUGAGCAGUGGUGCCGAGGCCUGUUGAAAGGAGACGUGAUAAAAGAGAUUAACAGGCAGAACGUGCAAACGCUGAGCCAUGCGCAGGUGGUGGAUAUACUGAAGGACCUCCCGGUGGGCAGUGAGGUGAAUCUGUUGGUGUUGAGAGGAGGUCAGACGUCGCCUGUGAAGAGUUUAAGACCUAGAACGGGGUUGAGUGCCAGCACUGAGACUCUGGACCGUUGCCAUGACAUCAUGGUUCCCCAGGCUUUGACCUAUCACUCAAACACACUGCCAUGCAGCUCUCCAAAACAAGACUCUUCCCUCCACUACAGCAAACCCAAAGCCUUGCCAGAGAGCAUAGUACCUCUCUAUAAAGAAUUGGACGUUUUCAUCAAGAGAGAUCAGGAGACAGGCUUUGGCUUCCGUGUGCUUGGAGGAGAAGGUGCAGAACAACCAGUCUACAUUGGUGCCAUCAUUCCCCAGGGGGCGGCAGAGAAGGAAGGCCGUCUGAGGGCCGGAGACGAGCUCAUUGGUAUCGAUGGCAUCACUGUGAAGGGGAAAUCUCACAAACAAGUUCUGGAUCUGAUGACUAACGCAGCACGCAAUGGACAAGUGCUGCUUUCAGUGUGCAGGAAGGUCAUUUACAGAGAUGCCCUGGAGGAUGUUGGGAGCAGAGCGUUGACCCUUGUGAAUGGCUCACCUCGGCUUCCACGUAUCCAGGUGCCAAGCAUCAAGGACCAGGGGUCGUUUGAUAUCACGCUCCAUCGUAAAGAUAGCGAGGGCUUUGGCUUUGUCAUUCUCACAUCGAAGAGCAAACCGCCACCUGGAGUGUGUGUUGCAGUGAUUCCUCAUAAGAUCGGUCGAAUAAUCAAGGGCAGUCCGACUGACCGCUGCGGACUGCUGAACGUGGGAGACCGCAUUUCCGCUGUGAACAGCCAGUCCAUUGUGGAGCUCUCUCACAACGACAUUGUUCAGCUUAUCAAAGACGCGGGGAACUCCGUCACACUCACCGUGGUUCCUGAGGACGAGUACAAAGGCCCGCCCUCAGGAGCCAGUUCGGCCAAACAAAGUCCAGCACCGCAGCACAAGUUUCUCAGAUCCACUCAGGAUGAGAGAUAUAAUUUGGAUAUGGAUGAGAUCAGGGAUGAGCUCGAACGGACAGAGUAUAAAGCUCUUCCCAUGAGUGAACAGGGAACGCUGUGUGUCGCCAACUCCAAACAGGGCUGUAUUGCGGUAGAGUUGGAGCGUGGACCUCGUGGUUUUGGCUUCAGUCUGAGAGGAGGAACGGAGUAUAACAUGGGCCUCUAUAUCUUGCGGCUGGCUGAGGACGGCCCCGCACUGCAGGACAGCAGGAUACACGUAGGAGAUCAGGUAGUGGAGAUCAAUGGAGAACAAACGCAAGGCAUUAGUCACACCAGAGCCAUUGAGCUGAUCCAAGCUGGAGGAAACAAAGUGCUACUGUUACUGCGACCACAAGCCCUCUUAUCAGAGAACAGUUCUGCAGAAGAUGUUAUCCUUCCUGAUCCGCCGGGAUCCAACACUUUGGACAUUCCCCUCAGUUAUCCUCUCCUUCAUCUGCCAUCCACCUCAGCGAAGAAGGAAACGUCAGACCUGACGAGCUCCUUUGCCCGUUCUCGUGGCUCCUUGGAUCUGGCCUGCGAGGAUCCUUGCUCUAAAGACAGCAAGAGGGAGAAGUGUGCCAAACCACCAAACACCAGCUCUUCCAGAGUCCUGCAGCAACGCCGCAUCAAGAGUCGGUCUGCAGAGAAUCUCCUUGAUCUCGGAGAUACAGAGAAAUCCAAAAGCCCAUCCAAAGACAAAGCUCGCAGCCACAAAGAAAAUCUGCAACAAAGCACUCGAGACUCCCACAAGAACAGAAAGUCCUGCCAAAAUAGUCGCUCAGUCAGUCCCCAGAAGUCAAAGCGUGUAGGACAGGAACAGAAAGAGGAACGCCGCAUGAAGGGGACAGCGAGCGUGGACCAGAAGAAAAGUGAUGCUGAAAAAAGGAAAAAAAGGGAAUCUAGAGAAAGGAAACGAAAUGAGACCCAAGAAGGGGAGGAGAGGUGUAGAGCUGAGAGAAAAGUGAAAAACAAAGGAGAGGAUGAAGUGCUUGAGACAAAAGGGGCAACGGAGCUCAAAAGCACCCGAAAGAAGAAAAAACAUAGAGAUAGAGACGUGCGAAAUGAGGACACCCACAUAUCGAGCAGAGAGAGAGACAAGAAGAGCAGACAAACAAAGGAUAAGGGGGAUCAAACGGAAGAAAACAGGAAGGAAAUGAUUUCAGAUAAGAAUGAAAGCAAAAGAAAAGGAAAUGAGAGUGAAGACACGAAAGACAACAUUGUCACCACAGAUGUGGCUCCAGUCACCACCAGGGCUAAUCUCGUCUUUGACCACCCUGGACCCUUGAGCGACGGACUUUGGAAGAUCCCUAGUUUUGCACGUAUCCUCACGCAAGAGGAAGCUAUGCGAGAUGAUUGCGAACAGUUUGGCGAUCCUUGGGAAUAGAAGGUUUAAGGCCAUAAACAUACGCAAGUAUGUGAAUGCAAACACUUCUAGCUGCGAUUUCACACAGUUCAUCACAUAUUGCAAGUGGCAUUCUCAAUAUUUCAGCACUAUCGUGGGAAUUAACGCAAAUUAUCUGCUGGCGGAAGAGAAUUUUGCUGAGCGAGUUAGUUAAACUGUUGACAUGUUUAUAGCUAGAUACCUAAAUAAGAUUUCAUCUGGUUUAUUGGUACAAACAUUUAAAGAAAACUAGGGCCGUCUUAAGUACAAGACUAAGCAUCUUCAAGGGGUACUCAAAGUACUCAAGGGGCUGAUUGAGAUUUCUUAACAUUGCCUAGCCAGACUUCUCCUAACAUGUUCCUUAUACUGUAAAAAAAUCUGAAGUUGAGUUUAAUAAUCUUAAAUUUAUGGAAAAGUUGAUACAGCAUAUAAUACAUUCUACUGCAUAAACUCAAAAAUAAAACUGUCUGUUACUUGUGAAUUGUGGCUUGCAAAUAAGCCUCAUGUUGUUCCAAACCUUUUUUCUCUUCUUCUGUGGACCACAAAAGAAGAUAUUUUGUAGAAUAUUGGUAACUAAAUGGCUUUGGCCCCUAUAGACUUCCAUAGUAUGGACAACAAAUACUAUGGAAAUCAAUGAGACCCAAAACUGUUUGGUUGUCAGAUUUCUUCGAAAUAUUAUCUUUUAUACCCUGAACCAUUUUGGGUCCCAUUGACUUCCAUACUAUGGACAACAAAUACUAUAGAAGUCAGUGGGACCUGAAACUGUUUGGAUACCAAAUUUCUUCAGAAUAUCUUCUUCUACAGUGCAACAAAAGGGAUGAAUCGUUCACAAUAAGCUCAAUAAUAUGCAUUUAGAAAGUAAAUAGGGUGAAUUUUAAUUUCAAGGCAACUUUAAACCAGGUUGUUUAUUACUUAGAUAGGUAGCUAUAAACAAGUCGACAGCUUAGAGGCACAGACAUCUCAAGGUCUUAACUUUAUCGCCCAAUUGAAUAGAGAGGUUUGCAACAGCUACAAUAACACAAAGCAUGUAUCUUCAGUGCAUAGACUAAGCAUUCACAUGCUUGUUCACAUACUUUCCAAGAGUAUGUUUUUGGCCUUGCACCUUGUUUUUCUCCAGGCGGCUUCAAAGCGUAUCAAGUGAACCAUGUUCAUGUGCUUCUCUUUGGACAGUGGUCAGCAUGAGCUUCUCAUUCAAAUUAUUUCAAAAAAGUUUGUAAUAAGCAGUCUCACAAACAGACUGAUUCGACAUGAAGUUUCAUCUAAACUGCUUUAUGGAGAUCAUUGCUUAAUCGUCUUAGACAGGCAAUUUCUGAGGCUUUGUGGUCGAACGCAUGGAACUCCGGUUUGUCCGGACAGCCUCUGUUAAUUUGCUUCUUGACAGCUGACAUUAAACAACAUGAGGACUCUGUCAACAUCACAAUGCAAUCCUUCCUUAUGCAAUUUAAGGGAACACGCCCCAUUAAUCACCAAAAACAACAAUGCAAGUUUAUGUUUCGGUUAAAAACAGCACGUCUUUACCCCAAAGAAUAAUUUUUUUUCCCCUGCAUGCAAACUCCUUGUUUUGUUGCAUGCAUUUUAGACCCGUGCAGUUUAUCUCUAACAUUUUGAAAUGGUGUAAAUAAGAACUGUCUUGAAGAUUGGGGGCUUUACCAGGGACUUUUCAGACUGUUCUCUCUUCCAUGUCUUUGAUUCCCUGAUCUCCAAAUAUCAUAAUUGCAAAUGACCAGAAACUUGUGCUUUAAUAUACCAAGAACAUGAUCAAAUGUUUAUUUAUUGAAAUAUGUGUAUGAAUAGAUACAUGUAGCUAUAACAGAUUGUGACAUUGAGUUCGGUGUAGAGGUCCAGACUCUUGCUAAACACCGUGGUAGUUUUACCUUGUAGCAACUGUUUUGACUUGUCACAAAACAAAUGGUACAUGCAGAUGUAUUUUUAAAUAUUCUAUGAAAUCAGAUUUAAUAUGGUAAAUAUUUAUUAAAAAAUUUUCCUGGA